UAAAAACCUAAGAGAGAAGCCAAUUCCCAGCACUUUAGAUUUGUUGUUCUUGUCCUUGUUGUUUUUGUCUUCGCCAUCUCUCUCUUUGCUCCGCCUCUUUUCAACUCCACGGCGCAGAUUCGAGGAGUAUCCGAUUCUCGAUCAAAAGUUUACCCUUUGCUCUUACUCACUUCAUCUGCUUCGAGUCAUGGCAGGUUUGGCACCAGAAGGAUCCCAAUUUGAUGCUCGUCAAUAUGAUCAGAAAAUGAGUGACUUGCUCCAGACUGAUGGAGAUGAUUUUUUCACAAGUUAUGAUGAAGUUUAUGACAGUUUUGAUGCGAUGGGACUUCUAGAGAACCUUCUGAGGGGUAUCUAUGCAUAUGGUUUUGAGAAGCCUUCUGCCAUCCAGCAAAGAGGAAUUGUUCCAUUCUGUAAAGGUCUUGAUGUGAUUCAGCAGGCACAAUCUGGAACUGGGAAGACAGCAACUUUCUGCUCUGGAAUUCUCCAGCAACUUGACUAUGCUGUAGUCCAAUGCCAGGCUCUGGUUUUGGCACCCACUAGGGAGUUGGCACAACAGAUUGAGAAAGUGAUGCGAGCACUUGGUGAUUACCUCGGUGUUAAAGUCCAUGCUUGUGUUGGCGGGACAAGUGUUCGCGAGGAUCAGCGCAUACUUCAAAGUGGCGUUCAUGUUGUUGUUGGUACUCCUGGUCGUGUCUUUGACAUGUUGAGAAGGCAGUCUCUUCGUCCUGAUUACAUUAAGAUGUUUGUCUUGGAUGAGGCUGAUGAGAUGCUUUCCCGUGGUUUUAAGGACCAGAUCUAUGAUAUCUUCCAGUUGCUUCCAUCCAAGAUUCAGGUUGGAGUGUUUUCUGCUACAAUGCCACCUGAAGCCCUCGAUAUUACUAGGAAAUUCAUGAAUAAACCUGUUAGAAUUUUGGUUAAGCGUGAUGAGUUAACCCUUGAGGGUAUCAAGCAGUUCUAUGUGAAUGUUGAAAAGGAAGAAUGGAAGCUUGAAACACUGUGUGAUCUGUAUGAGACCCUGGCCAUUACUCAGAGUGUCAUUUUCGUGAACACAAGGCGCAAGGUCGACUGGUUAACUGACAAGAUGCGAAGUCGUGACCACACCGUUUCUGCCACCCAUGGAGACAUGGACCAGAAUACUCGUGACAUCAUUAUGCGUGAAUUCCGCUCUGGUUCUUCUCGUGUUCUCAUCACCACUGAUCUCCUGGCUCGUGGUAUUGAUGUGCAGCAAGUCUCUCUAGUAAUAAACUACGAUCUGCCAACUCAACCAGAAAACUACCUCCAUCGUAUCGGACGAAGUGGAAGGUUCGGAAGAAAAGGUGUGGCCAUCAACUUUGUGACUACAGAUGAUGAGAGAAUGCUGUUCGACAUCCAGAAAUUCUACAAUGUGAUCAUCGAGGAGCUUCCAUCAAACGUUGCUGAUCUCCUUUGAAGAGAGAUUACCCAUUUUGAAGAUUGUUCCGGCAAGGUGGUUUUGUUGUUUCGGCAAGUCCUAUUUAGCUUGCCCCCUUUCUUUUUCUUUUUGCUUAUCUAGUGUCCUAAGUUAAUGUUGUUCUUAAACAUAUCUGACCAUUUAAUGGCAUGGGUCCUGCACAAUCGCUCCAUAAAGAUUGUCCAGUUUUUCCCACUCCUUUGUGGUGGGUUUAAUAUGCUAUAUCAAGCUUUUUUGCAGCAGUUAGGGUUUUUUUAGUUGUGCGUCUUUCUUUUAGUUAUAUAAAAAUUAUGAAAUCCU